AUGUGCGCGAUGAAACUAUCGACAGUUUUGCUUCUCUUAGGAUUCCUUGAUUUCUCGUCCCAGCAUGACCAGUAUCCAAGAGCUAGCACCAUCAUGGGAACCAUACGCGGGUACCACAAGAUCUCUCGUCAUGGUAGAAAAUACGAAGCUUUCGAGGGCAUUCCCUAUGCGCAACCCCCGGUCGGCAAACUUAGAUUCCAACCACCAAAAAGAGCUCGAAAAUGGUUGGAUGAGCUACCAGCAACGAAGAAGGGCUCUGUUUGCACGCAGUAUCUUGCAGAGGGCGCAGCUAUAAAUGGUGAUAGCGUCACUGGUUCGGAGGAUUGCUUGUACCUGAACAUUUACGUUCCAAUUGGGAAUAGAAGUAACAAUCUGUUACCUGUCCUGUUUUGGAUUCAUUGCGGUGGGUUCCUGACAGGCAGCGGAAACCAUAUGAACGAGUCACUCAUAAUGGACUAUAAUGUCGUGUUGGUCACGAUUAAUUAUCGCUUGGGUCCAUUCGGUUUCCUCAGCACGGGAGAUGGCGUGGUGCCUGGGAACAUGGGGUUGAAGGAUCAAAGUCUGGCUCUGCACUGGGUGUCGCAAAACAUCGAGGAAUUCGGUGGGGAUCCGAAAAGAAUAACUCUCAUGGGUUUCAGUGCAGGCGCUGCAAGUGUGCAUUACCAUUAUUUGACUCCAUUGAGUGCUGGACUUUUCCAUAGAGGAAUAUCCAUAAGUGGUGUGGCACUAAAUCCUUGGGCACAGACAGAUCGUGCUCCUGAAAAGACUAGGAAAUUGGCUGCCUUCGUGGGUUGUUCAACAAGUAGAGUAAAGAAGAUGGUCAAAUGUCUGCAAACUCGUCCGGCAGGGCUAUUAUCGCAAGCUGUUAACGACUUCACGGUUUGGCUGACCAAUCCUAGCGUCUCUUUUGGUCCAGUUGUAGAGGAAGACGGACCUCAUGCCUUCAUUUCUCGUUCUCCGAUCGAUGUUAUCAAUAGAGGGGAAGCAUACGAUGUGCCUUGGAUUUCCGGAGUAGUUAGCGAGGAAGGAUUAUACGGAGCUACAGAAUUCAUCACUAAUAAUACGCGGUUGAAGCAACUGAACGACAACUGGGCCGACAUUGCACCCUAUUUGCUCGAUUAUAACGAUACCAUUCCACUGAAUCAGCAAACACAGGUGUCACAAAAGAUCAAAGAACGUUAUCUAGGAUCUGAACCAAUCGACAGCAAGAGUGUUACGCCUGUAAUACAUAUGAUGCGUGAUCGAAUGUUCAUUGUUAAUUUUGAGAAGGCUGCGAGGUUGCAAGCCAGAAACAAUAAGAGCCCAGUGUGGACCUACUACUAUAGUUACAGAACUAUGUACAGCCUGAGUGAAGCUACUAGUCAUUCAACAAACAACUUUGGAGUGGGUCAUGGCGACGAUGUAUACCUCGUGAUCGACACUAGAUCCUCGGAUGUGACGCAACCACAAGAUGUGGAAAUGCAACAAAGACUGCUCGAUUUUUACACGUCCUACGCUAUAGAAGGGUGAAUAAAUUCAUCAAUUUUCUCAACUACUAACUACAUAUGUGUAGGAAAGGAAUAAG